AUGGGAAAACGUUUAUACAGCGGCGUCCUGUUCCACUUUAAAUGUGGACUUUUCAACAUCAAGGCACUUCACUCUAACUUGAACGACGUUCAUCACCAUCUCGAGACGUCCAAGCCGGCCUUAUUUUUCCUGGCGGAGCCUCAGAUAUCUACCCCGUCUGACGUAUUGUACCUCAUGUACCCCGGAUACAGUCUGGAAUACAAGUCUCAUAGCGGAGACUCGGAAACUGACCGACUCCUAAGGUGCGUCCAAAAGGGACUCGACGAAAUCCUGCAACAGCUUCCCUCUGUGGAGGUGUUGAUUCUCGGCGACUUUAACGCCCACCACAUGGAGUGGUUAGGAUCAGCACGUACCGAUUAUACAGGGAGAGCUGUGCGCGACUUUGCCGCUGCAUAUGACCUCACACAAUUAGUCGAUGGUCAAACCAGAGUACCGGACAUUGAAGGUCAUACCCCUGGUUUGCUGGACCUAAUGCUGACGUCUCUCCCAGACGGCAUUCGGGUGUCCUGCCAUGCCUGCUUGGGAACAUCUGAUCAUCUACUGAUCCGUUCUGAGGUGAGUGUUACCCAUGCCAGAAGCUCCCGACCACCUGGGAAGCGUCGUGUUUGGCAUUAUGGGUCAGCUGAUUGGGACGGAUUGCGUGAGUUCUACGCCUCCUUCCCAUGGAAGCAAUUGAGCUUCUCUUCGGGCGAUCCUGACGUCUGCGCAGCAUCCAUUGCCGAGGCGAUACUGUUGGGCAUGCAUGGUUUUAUUCCAAACUCUGCAGUGCGCGUCGGUGGUCGCUCUCAUCCUUGGUUUGAAAACAUUCAAUUAGCGAAGGAAUUGGGCAAAUUGAACAUGCGAGUAUCCGUGAAACAUAUAGACGGACACUUACUUGGGCUGGAAAAGACGCUGGUACAGUGGCAUGUGCCUGUCGGGGUGCUGUUGGAUGGGUCCUGCAUUAACAUUCGUGCAGUGCUAGAUAGCGCAUCAAGAGAAAUGUUAUUUGAUUCGACACAUAUGUGGGUAAUCGUGGACCCGAUGACAUACAAGUGCGAGAAUGAGAAUACCAGAAUGAAGUUUGUCGACGGCGUGUUCCAAAAUUUAAACUUGAGCGUGGACGCGGACAUCGCUGUGGUUGCUUUUUGUGGAGACCAUUAUAAACUCACGGAUGUUUUCAAUUUCGGCAAAAUUCAGGGAAAUCAUUUAGAGAAAACUCCCCUCGGAGAGUGGAGUCGCGACACUGGUUUGAAUAUCUCGGCGGAAGGAUUCAAAUAUUACCACCGUUGGGAUUUUCAUAAUUUGACGCUGCGAGCCGUCACGGUGGUCGCUGAGGGGGGGGCGGAAUUUGACCCUGCAAUGCUCGAGGAGGUGCGCUACACGCCCGGCAUCGCCGCCAUGACGAAGGUCGGUGCCCAGAUGCUCAUCUCGCUCAUGCAACACCACAACUUCAGGUUUAAUUACACAAGUGUUGGACGGUGGUUGGAAUCGCCUCGACGAAAUUCAACUUUGGCGGUGACGAAUACACUGUACUGGCGCGAGCAGGACAUCGCGUGUACGUGUCUGCGUCUCUACCCCGAGAGGCUAGACUGGGUUGACCCCUUUCUCCCGCAGCUGACGUACCUUGAGACGAAGGUGUACUACUUGAUUCCGGACAAGGGCGUAGGUAAUUAUGAGAACCGUUUCCUGACGCCGCUGUCGGCCGGGGUGUGGUGGAGCACGUGCGUGGUUGGACUGCUCUGCAUCGUGGUGCUUACUGGAGCUGCAACUAUCGAAGGUCGCCCCAAUCCUGGAAUUUACGCGCUAUGCAGCGUCGUUGCUGCUGCGUGUCAACAAGCUUACGAAGAUGGAAUUCAGUUAAUGUCCAAAUCAAUUUCGACUCAAGGUCGUCGCGCGACACUGCUCGUGGUGGGCUUGACGAGUUUGGUACUGUAUACCUUCUACACGAGCAGCGUGGUGUCGUGGCUACUGAACGCCGUCCCACCUAACAUUGCUUCACUCGAUGGCCUCAUUCAAUCCGACCUCGAACUUGUCUUCGAGGACGUCGGCUACACGCGCAGCUGGCUCUUUAGUCCAGGAAUCUACUAUUACAGUGGUUACAAGAAUAGGAAAGAAGACGAACUCAGGGAAAAGAAAGUGACUAAUUCAAAAAGAACAGUUCCUUUGCUGCAGUCGCCAAUUGACGGCGUUGAACUUAUAAGGACUGGAGCGUAUGCGUACCAUUCGGAACCGUACACGGCAAGUCAAGUGUUGUCGGUCCGUCUGUCGGCGCGCGAGCUUUGCGACUUGGGCACGCUGCAGGUCAUGCCGCCUUCCCAUGUUUACAUUGUGGGCCAGAAGCGUAGCCCCUAUAAGCAGUUCUUCUCCUGGAGCCUGAUGCGGAUGUCAGAGCGGGGGCACGCGUCAGCAAUUCGCGCGCGUCUGCGAGGCGCUGCUUCCGCUUGUUCAGGCACCGUGCCGCGCGCGCUCGCCCUCGGCCAGGCCGCUCCCGCCUUCGCCUUACUCGCCGAGGCUUCACUCUUCGCCCUCCUGCUGCUCGCCUUUGAGAUCCUGUGGCAUAAGUUUCGUAGGUGA